GUUAUGCCAAACUAGAGCCUAAAACACGUGUAAUCGUUUCAAAAUGAAAACUAAGAGAGGCAAAUGUGUAAAAAAAAAUAAACAAAUUGCUGAUGUUGAACCAGAUGAAUUACUCAGAGCACCACAUUCAUUCGUGAUAAAUCGCGGAUUACCUGAAUUACAUGUGCGGGAGUUAACAAAAGAUUUUCGUCGGGUUAUGGAACCCUUCACUGCUUCAUCUCUAAAAGUUCGUAAGAAAAAUACACUUAAAGAUUUUGUAUCUAUUGCGGGAUUACUUCAUGUAUCUCAUUUGUGUGCAUUCUCAAAAACUGAAACAUCAUUAUUUUUUAAAAUUGCCAGACUUCCAAGAGGUCCAACGUUAUCAUUCAAGGUUCAUUCAUAUUGUUUGUCGCGAGAUGUUAUAUCAACGCUGAAGAAGCAGUUAGUUAUUGAAGAAGCUUUCAAACACUCACCACUUGUAGUAUUAAACAAUUUCGCUGGAGAAGGAAUGCAUAUGAAAUUAAUGGCAACAACUUUCCAAAAUAUGUUUCCUACUAUAAAUUUAAACAAUGUUAACUUGAGUACUAUUAGGAGAUGUAUUUUGUUAAACUAUAAUUCAACAACAAAAUUAAUAGACUUCAGACAUUAUAUAAUUAAAGUAGUACCAAUAGGAUUGUCAAAAGGAGUAAAGAAAGUAAUACAAGGCAAAAUCCCAAAUCUAGCUAGGUGUGAAGAUAUGGGAGAUUUUUUUGCAAAAACUGGUGCUUUAUCAGAAAGUGAAUUUGAGGACGAUGAAACAGGGCAAGUUAACUUACCUCAAAAAUUAUCUUCACGUGGUAAUUUACAAGAUCAAAAAUCUUCUAUUCGCUUGUCUGAGUUGGGUCCGAGAAUGACAUUGCAACUUAUGAAAGUUGAAGAUGGGUUAAUGGAUGGUGAAGUUUUGUUCCAUGAGCUAAUAGUUAAGAGUGAAGAAGAAAAAGAAAUGAUUCUUAAGAAACGCCUGGAAAAAAAAAAAUUGAAAGAGAAACGAAAGAAAUUGCAGGAAAAGAAUGUUGAAAAGAAAGAAAAUGAAAAGCUGAAGUUGAAGCAAAGAUCUUUAGCUGGAAUGGGAAUUCGAGAAACUGAUAAAUUAAUGGAAAAGGCAGUGAAUGAAGCGAAUGCAAAUGAUGAUCAAGUUGAUGAUGAUGCUGAGUAUUACAAGGAUGAAGUAGGAGCCAACCCUGAUAGAGAUUUGUUUAAUUCCCAAAUUCGAGGUACAAAAAGAUUAUACAAAACCCCAGCACGCUAUAAUAAAAAUAAGAAAUUGAGGACUGACACAGAAACAGAUGAUAGAAAUAAGAACUCAAAAUAUGCAAGUAAAGACAGAUUACAAAAAGCAUCUAAAUUCAAAAGCAAAGGCACUAAGAAACUAGGAGGGCGUGGUAAUCAUCCCAAAUAUGGAUGGCGAAAUCAAGAACAAAAUAACAAUACAAAAAAUACUAAUAUGAAGCGAAGUAAAUAACAAAAAUAAAUAAAGCUGUGUAUAUUGUUUAUAUCGAUAAAAAAUUAUAUAAGUAUCACACACAUUUGCAUUUUAAUAAAUAU